UUGCUUAUUAGUGUGAGGCUACGUUGGACUGAGCAGCGUUACUAUAAGAUUCGCCACGAUGUUCUUCCACAGACUGGGUGUCUAAUAUGUAAUGUUACUUUUUCCCUCGUUCCAGAGCCGGGUAUACACAGCUGACAAGGAACAGGGCGUGUAUAUUAUUUCAAUCACAUGACCAAUGCCAGCCAAUGGGAAAGGCCCACUACUGGUGGGAAAAAUGGCCAGGGGGAGCCAGGAAAAGUGAGAUGCUCUCACCUACUCGUGAAGCACAAUCAGUCAAGGCGUCCUUCAUCAUGGAGGCAGGACAGGAUCACUCGCACCAAGGACGAGGCACUGGAGCACAUUAAUGGCUACAUCCAGAAGAUAAAAUCGGGGGAUGAGGAUUUUGAAUCUCUUGCUUCUCGGUUCAGUGACUGCAGCUCAGCUAAGGCUGGAGGGGAUCUGGGCAGCUUUGGGAGAGGUGCAAUGCAGAAGCCCUUUGAAGAUGCAUCUUUCGCUCUGAGGCCUGGGGAGAUGAGUGGCCCCGUCUUCACAGACUCCGGCAUUCACAUUAUCCUCCGCACUGAGUGAAUCCACUUUUAUAAUGGGAACUCUUGCUGCUUUCAGGGAGGGACGAAAGGGUUUCCCAGUGAGCCAAGGGAAUAGAUGUGGGGGGCUAGGUAAGGGUUAGGGUAGUCCAGAAAAAUACAGAAAUUGGCCCAGUUCUGCUCAGUGGGUUCAAUCAGUUAUUGGCUGUUUAAGCAUCAUCAUUUAUGGAAGUUUGCGCAUUGUUAGCAGGGGAUGUGCAUGAAGGGCUUGGGGCUAUUUCUCUCAUUUCCUCUAAUUCCCACAUCAGAGUAUUAGCUAUACAAUUAGAUCUUGCCUCGGAACAUUUCUGAUCCAUCUGCAUUCUGUUUCUAGCUCCUGUAGUCAUGUGAAUGGAAUAGCAUGAGAAUCUGAAGGCCACACUAUCCUGUACUAAUGAACUUGCUCAGUUAGGCGCAGUGGCCAAGAGGCAGUAUAUGCUUUUGUUUAUGUGAGCCCUUUCCCUAUAGUCUAUGUAGUCUCUCCCUGGGAAGGACUAAUAACUCAGUCUCUUUCCCUCCCAGUGCAAGAAUGGAUAUUAUUAUUUACCCACAGGGACCUCUCUUUCCUUAUAAAAUGACCUCAUGUAAAAGUAAAUACAUACACUAGGCUCAUAUAGAACAUAGGUGUACAUUUGCCCAUAGCUAGGUUGUGGCUGUAUAGUAAGGGUUUUAUAUGGGGGUUACCUAUUUAAUUUAGCAUAUUAAUAGCUCAUCUUACGCGACAGAACAAAACAGCUUCAUCUGCUUUCAUUGUAAUGAGCGAGCAUGUCCCUUCAGUCAAUAGGACAGAGGCUGUGACACUGCGGAGAGGUACAUCUCGGCAAUCAUUUACCAGUGGGAGCACCCAAGCUGAAUUUGCUGCCUGCACCCACCUCAGCUGGCACAGACCAGAUUCCUUUCCCCACGUAAUGCUUAUACCUCAUCUUAUGUUGUAGGCAUCAUUUCUGCUCAGUGCUAUUGGAAUAAUUCUGCUGUUUUUGGCUGUUAAACCUCUUUCUCCAUCCAAGCAAAGGAAGUCACGGUGUCAACAAUAUUUGGCAAGUGCUUUUUGUACAUGACCAGCUGCUUAGGGCAACUGUAUUUUAUCUUGUUAUGCUGCAUCUGUUCUCUAAAUGAAGAUUAAUUUAAUAUCUUGAUUCACAUUUCUAUGACUGACAGUGGGAUAUUUGCUUGCAUUAUAGUAUUUUUGAGCCUAAAAAAAAAAAAAAAAAUUGCCAUGUUAUUUGGCCUUUUCUUUAGGGGGUUGGUGAUAUUAUGCAGUUAUUACAUGUUUUGUGUCAGAGCCAGUGUAGUGGCUUGGGGGGGCCCGGCAUGGGGCAAAUGCAUUUGUUUAAUGCCGUGCAAACGUAAAGAAUUGAACAUUUUUAUAAUGUAUUUAAUCUGCAGUCCCUGAGCCUUCUGCAGUCGCAUCAUUGUCUUCCUCUCUUACACCCCUAGUUUAAUGCUUUACUAUCCCUACAACUGCACAUGGUGACUGUUACAAACUGUGUUUUUUUCAUAUAUCUGUAACCUUAUGAGCUGUGGGGUGGGGGCACUGACCAAAUAUUGGACCACGAAGAGGGGCUGAAAACCCUUGCAGUAGCUUAAGCAUGUAAAGAUGAAAUUGCAACUAAAGGCUCAGCUAACUCCAUCCUAGAUUCUGAAAAAUAAAACAAUAUUUUGUGUUGUGAAUUAUA